AUGUCCAAAAGUCAUUUGACAACGUCGGGGCGUGGCAAAGGAGGUAAAGGCCUAGGAAAAGGGGGCACCAAGCGCCACCGGAAGGUCCUGCGCGACAACACCCAGGGCAUCACCAAGCCCGCUAUCCGGCGCCUGGCCCGCCGCGGCGGGCUUAGGCGCAUUUCCGACCUUGUCUACGAGGAGACCCGCGGGGUGCUCAAGGUGUUCUUGGAGAACGUGAUCCGGAACGCCGUUACCUACACCGAGCUUGCCAAGCGCAAAACCGUCACAGCGAUGGAUGUGGUCUACGCGCUCAAACGCCAGGGCCGUACCCUGUAUGGCUUCGGCGGCUAA